GGCGCACAGCGCAGGGCUCCAACCGGACAAGAUACCGGGGCGGGUGACAGGGAAGCGUGGGGGGGCUUUACCAGGCAGCAUAACAUUCACCUGGAUGGCAGGGCACUCUUGCUAGUUAUGAGCAGUUAAGGAAGGACGCACCAUUUACCGUGGAUUCGGAGAGGUCACCAACCGCCUCGAAGGGCUUCUCGGCACCGCGCCCGCCGCCCGCGGAGCGCUCCCUCCUCGGGGAUUGACGUCAAGGCGGUCCCGGAGCAUGCGCGAUGCGGCCCCUGAGCCGGCGGGGUCCCUGCGAGCGCGGAGCGUGCGCCUUCGGGGAUCUUCGGUGCGCUACGUCUGUUCACCCGCCCCGGGGACUGGGACUCGAGCUGGGGCGUCGGAGUCUGUCACUCCCGCCCCGGGCUGGGCCUACAGCGCCGGCAGGAGAGCCGCUCUGCUCACCCGGCGUCUGCGUUGUGAGCCCGAGUGGUCUGUUCCGGAGGCGGCCUGAGAGCGGCGUGUGCGGGCGCGUGGAAGCCCCGCACCUCUGGCAUCAUGGUGAAGAAGAACAGCAUCCCCGACGGGUGGAGGACUGUGACGCCAAUUGGACAUCCUGUACCUGGAACACGAUUUAUUGCUUUUAAAGUUCCUUUAAAGGGAGCAGUUAAUCAGAGACUUACUCCAACCCAGAAGUUUACACCAAAAGAUUUGAUCAGUGCAAUAAAAGCACUAAAUGUGGAGCUUGGAUUAAUUAUCGAUCUAACAUAUACCACAAGAUAUUAUGAAGUUAAGGAUUUACCUAAAAGUAUACAUUAUAAAAAACUUUAUACUGUUGGACUUGAAGUCCCUGACAAUGCUACUAUUCUACAGUUCAAAAAGUGGGUCAGAAAGUUCCUGUGGGAAAAUGCAGAAAAUGGUAAACUCAUUGGAGUUCAUUGUACCAAUGGAAUUAACAGAACAGGAUACCUUAUAUGUAGGUACCUUAUCGAUGUUGAAGGCUGGGAUCCAGAUACAGCAAUUCAAGUAAUCUUGGAAUGGAUGUCUGGUAUUCUGAUGAAGAUGCAAAUCUCCCAUCUAAUUCUGUGGAAGACUCUGAAGAUUGGUCCCCAAAUGAAGACUUUCAUGGGACUGGGAAAAGGUCAAGACAUCUUAAUGACCAGCACCCUCGAAAUGAUACACAGGGACCAUGGCACUGAUAACUGCAGAAGCAAAAGUCAGAGACCCAGGCUGCAAGACAGAAAUGGAGUAAGAAAAGAUUUCAGUUUAUUGACGGAAACUGGUGAAUUCUAUUUUUUUAUAAUAAAUUUAUUUUUUAUUGGUGUUCAGUUUGCCAACAUACAGAAUAACACCCAGUGCUCAUCCCGUCAAGUGCCCCCCUCAGUGCCCGUCACCCAUUCACCCCACCCCCCGCCCUCCUCCCCUUCCACCACCCCUAGUUCGUUUCCCAGAGUUAGGAGUCUUUAUAAACUGGUGAAUUCUAAUUCCAACUUGCUGAGGGGCAGUGUUUAGAAAAGACAAAACAAUAAACUUGGGACAGAAGACAUGAAUUUGCAUAUCUGCUCUAGUUUGUGUAACCCUCAUAAAAUGGAAAUAGUAUUUACACCCUUACAGGGUUUUUUUUAGAAUCAGAGUGUGCAUGACAGUGCUUUUUAUAUGUAGACAUAAGAAAGGAGCUAGCUGCUUGUAGCUCUAUUUUAUGACCUUUUAUUUUCAUCAGUAUCAUCAACUACUGUUUAUUUGAUGCAGAACUGCUGUGCAGGGAGCAAGCACUAUAAGAAGCUAGGAAUAUGGGAAUCCUCGAUUAGCAUCAUAUGCUCUGUAUGUUACCUUCCAGAGUAAGUGAACAGAACAUCAAUGUUCCCAUGACAGCCUUUGUGGACUUAAGUCCAUCGGGGAGCAGUUCAUCUGUCUACUUCCCUUUCUCCCAUGCCCUUAAGUCCUAUAUUCAUACAAAGUGAAGUAUGUGCUUGGAAGUUAUAAGGAGACAGUCUAGUAUAUUAGGGGGAGAAAAUAAUGGUUUAGUGCAUUACAGACUUUUAGCUCAGCCACUUGGGCAAGUGACUUAACCUCUCUAAGCCUCAGUUUCUGUUUCUAUGAAGUGGGAAUGGUAGUAGCUCCCUUCAGAUUGUUGUAAGGAUUAAGUGAGAAAAUGAAUGUAAUGCACUUGAGCACAGAACAUGGGACACAGCAAAUGCUCAAUAAAUACUAACUGUAACAAUAUAACUACUAGCACUAGAAAGAAUUUAGACAUGUCCAAACUUGGCUUCUCAUUCCUAAUCCAAGUACAACAAAUGCAGUUGUGAGUAGCAGAAAAGAAAAAGUUCCUGUCCACAGCUUUAUAAGCUUGUAUUCACCCGUAUGUAAAAAAAAAAAAAAAAAAAAAAAAAAAAAUGACUUGGUUAUUCGCUAGAUAGAAGGACAUUUGGCUUCCAGUUUGUGGGAAAGCUUUUCCUCUCUCACCCCAGUUCCACCCUGCAUCAGCUCAACAGUCAGUUCCCAGAUGCAGAGUUAGGGAGCUUGGGACAACUUCAGAGUAACACGCCACCACUCCACCUUUUCACAGGAGUCAUUAAAGGAAGACAGUAUGGGUCUCUUCGUGUUUCUGUGACAAGGUCUUUAAGUUGCUGCUUCUUCCACAAAACAGUCCACGGAGUAAAUAAAUAGAGCCAAUACUGGUGUGGCAACCUCACUUUCAGAUCUGGUUCCUGGCACACUUUGAUGAGCAAAUACUGUGACAGUGAAAAGGCAUGCUAUAGCCCUCUCACUACAUUAAACCCAGGACAAAAAGAUACAGCGUGGCUUUUAAACUCCAUGAGCAUCUUUGUGGUACAACUGAUUAGCAUAUUUGGCUGUUAACAGAAAAGUUGGUGGUUUGAACCUUUCCAGGGAUGGUCUUGUCUCCAACUAAUUUCUAGGUGGGGAAAAUAUUCCAGAAUUAGAUAGUGGUGAUGGUUAACUGACUGUAUACAACACUGAAAUGCAGCUGAAUUGUACACAUAAAAUAGUGGACUUUAUGUUAUCUGUAUUACUACAAUAAAAAUAAAACUCCAACAGAUGCAUUGAAGGAUGCAUUUUCCAAACUUCA